CUGGGUGGAAGAUGGCGGUGGGGAUGCUGUCGGAGUCCGGGGCAGGGCGCUGGAUUUGCACCGGGAUCGCGCUGUGGUGGACCUAAAGGGACCGACAUGGCCGUGUUCGUCUGCCUUGCCCUCGACGAGCGGACCGCGUCGGGGCUGUUCCAGUAGACUCGGCGGGCCUUUCUCCCCCCGGCUCGCUGUCGGGGAUCCACAGACUGCACACACUCAUAUCUCAGACAGGGUGGGAGUGAAAAGUGGACGAAAAUGUCGGAUACAAAGGUAAAAGUUGCAGUGAGAGUCCGGCCCAUGAACCGCAGGGAGAUCGAACUGAAUACAAAAUGCGUCGUGGACAUGGAGGACAACCAAACUGUUCUGCACCCUCCGCCAUCCAAUGCGAAAGGAGACAGCAGGAAACAACCUAAGGUGUUCGCUUUUGACCACUGUUUCUGGUCCAUGGAUGAGUCCAAUGUUCCAAAAUAUGCCGGUCAAGAGGUGGUGUUCAAGUGCCUUGGAGAGGGAAUACUUGAAAAUGCAUUCCAGGGAUAUAAUGCCUGUAUAUUUGCCUAUGGACAAACGGGUUCAGGCAAGUCCUUUUCCAUGAUGGGGAACGGAGAGCAGCCAGGUUUGAUCCCGCGCCUCUGCUGCUCGCUCUUUGAGAGGGUCCACUGCGAGGCCAACGAGGCUCACACCUUCAAGGUGGAGGUGUCCUACAUGGAGAUCUACAACGAGAAAGUCCGGGACCUGCUGGAUCCCAAAGGGAGCCGGCAGUCUUUGAAAGUUCGGGAACACAAAGUCCUGGGUCCGUACGUGGACGGCCUCUCUCAGCUGGCUGUGACCAGCUACGAGGACAUUGAGGUGUUGAUGUCAGAGGGGAACAAAUCUCGCACCGUCGCAGCUACCAACAUGAACGAGGAGAGCAGCCGGUCGCACGCCGUCUUCAGCAUCAUCGUCACACAGACGCUCUACGAUCUGAAAUCAGGAAAUUCAGGGGAGAAAGUGAGCAAAAUGAGCCUGGUGGACCUGGCAGGAAGUGAACGGGUGUCGAAGACUGGCGCUGCAGGGGAGCGGCUCAAAGAAGGCAGCAACAUAAACAAGUCUCUCACCACAUUAGGCUGCGUCAUUUCUGCUCUGGCUGAUCAGUCAGGAGGAAAAGGAAAGGCUAAGUUUGUGCCUUAUAGAGACUCGGUUCUCACCUGGCUACUGAAGGACAACCUCGGUGGAAACAGCAAGACGGCCAUGAUAGCCACGGUGAGUCCGGCCGCUGACAACUACGAGGAGACUUUGUCCACGCUGCGUUACGCCGACAGAGCCAAGAGGAUCGUCAACCACGCCGUGGUGAACGAAGACCCCAACGCCCGGAUCAUCCGAGAGCUCAGGGAGGAGGUGGAGAAGCUUAAAGUUCAGCUGUCUCAGGCCGAGUCCCUGAAGGCUCCCGAGCUGAAGGACAAGCUGCAGGAAUCGGAGAAACUCAUCCAGGAGAUGACCGUCACCUGGGAGGAGAAGCUGAGGAAAACGGAGGAGAUCGCCACCGAGCGGCAGAAGCAGCUGGAGAGCAUGGGCAUCUCCUUGGAGACCUCUGGGAUUAAAGUGGGGGAAGAUAAGUGUUUCCUGGUCAAUCUGAAUGCCGAUCCUGCCCUGAACGAGCUACUGGUCUAUUACCUGAAGGAGCACACGCGUGUGGGAGCAGACACAUCGCAGGACAUACAGCUCUUCGGGAUCGGGAUCCAGCCGGAGCACUGCGUCCUGGAGCUCUGCCCAGACGGCGACGUCACCUUGAUGCCCCUCGGGAAUGCCAGAUCCUGUGUGAACGGAACAAUGAUCGACUCCUUGGUGCAUUUGUGGCACGGGGACCGAAUCUUAUGGGGAAACAAUCACUUCUUCAGGAUCAAUCUGCCUAAACGAAAGCGACGGGACCGUUUAAAGGAGCUGGAGAGAGCUUCUCCCAGAGAGAGCUUUGUGGAGGCGGAUGUGGAGACGGCCAGCGAGGCGUCCUCAGAGCAAGACUACAGCUAUGAGUUCGCCCAGAUGGAGGUCAUGAUGAAGACUCUGGGAAACAAUGACCCCAUGCAGAACGUGGUCCAAGUGCUGGAGAAGCAGUAUCUGGAGGAGAAGCGGACGGCUCUGGAGGAGCAGAGGAUGAUGUACGAACGAGAGCUGGAGUCGCUACGGCAACAGCUGUCUCCGGAGAAGACGCCGCAGCACCACCGCAGCAGCAGUGACCGCCUCACGUUCCCGACGCACACGCCACACAGCAAGCUGCGACUGUGGACAGAGGAACGGGAUGAGCUUUUCCGCCAGUCUCUCUCCCGCCUCAGAGAGCAGGUCGUCAAAGCCAACACUUUGGUGCGAGAAGCCAACUUUUUGGCAGAGGAGAUGAACAAACUCACAGAUUAUCAGGUCACCCUUCAGAUUCCUGCAGCCAACCUCAGCGCCAACCGCAAGCGCGGAGUGAUAGUCAGUGAACCAGCCAUUCAGGUCCGGAGGAAAGGGAAGGGAACUCAGGUUUGGACCAUCGAGAAGCUGGAAAACAAGCUGGUAGACAUGAGAGACCACUACAGAGACUGGAAAGAAGGCACAGAGGAAACGUACAACAAAGCAAACAGUAAACACUGUGAUCCAUUCUAUGAGGCUCAGGAGAACCACAACCUGAUCGGAGUGGCCAACAUUUUUCUAGAGUGCCUUUUCCACGAUGUUAAACUGCAAUAUGCCGUCCCCAUCAUCAGCCAGCAGGGAGAGGUGGCAGGCAGGCUGCACAUUGAGCUGAUGCGAGUGAGUGGAGCUGUGCCUGAGCGCCUGUCCGGGGGAGACGACUCCUCGGAGAACUCCAGUGAGAGUAGCUGUUACGAGGUCAUGGACACCAACGGAGAGAUCGUCCACAUGGCCAAAAGGCUCACUUGCAGGGUGAGGAUCCGGGAGGCCACGGGGCUGCCGCUCAACCUGUCCAACUUUGUUUUCUGUCAGUACACCUUCUGGGAGUAUGGUGAGCCCACUGUGGCUCCUCCCAUGGUCAGCCCAGACAGACCUUCUCCACGAAGCCCAGAUUCUCACUUUACUGUCCAGUUUGAUCACUGCAAGGACUACGCUGUGCAUGUGACGGAUGAGUUUUUAGAGUUUAUAUCCGACGGGGCGUUGGCCAUUGAAGUGUGGGGUCACCGCUGUGCGGGAAACGGACGCUCGCUCUGGGAGCUGGAUGCCCUGGAAGCCAAAACUCAGACGCUGAGAGACAGGUGGAGUGAGGUGUCUCGCAGGAUCGAGCUUUGGGUCUCCAUCCAGGAGCUGAACGAACAGGGAGAGUACUCAUCUGUAGAGCUGCAUCCUGGAAAAGACAUCAGCACAGGAGGAGUCUUCCAGCUCCGACAGGGUCACUCCAGGAGGCUGCAGGUGUGUGUGAAGCCGGUGCAGAACUCGGGCACUUUGCCUCUGCUGGUGGAGGCUGUGCUCUCGGUUUCUAUCGGCUGUGUGUCGGUCCGCUCCAUCAAGCUGCAGAGGCCACUCGACAGCUACCAGAGAGAGGUGGAAGACGAUAUGGAUAGUUAUCAGGAGGAGGAUCUCAACUGCGUCAGAGAGCGCUGGUCGGACGCCCUGAUAAAACGUCGGGAGUAUCUUGACGAACAGAUCAAGAAGAUCAUCAAUAAGCAUGAAAAGUCAGAGGAGGACAUUGAGCGUGAAGCUCGACUGGUGGAACAGUGGGUUGGUUUGACUGAAGAGCGAAAUGCAGUGCUGGUCCCUGCACCCGGGAGCGGGAUUCCUGGAGCUCCUGCAGACUGGAUUCCUCCUGCAGGGAUGGAGGCUCACACUCCUGUCCUCUUCUUGGAUCUAAAUGCGGAUAAUCUGACAGUGAACGAGCAGCUGACCGGCCCGCACGCUGCAGGCGUUAACUCCAUCCUGCCCAAAGAGCACGGCAGCCAGUUCUUCUACCUGCCCAUCAUCAGGCACAGCGACGAGGAGGUGUCUGCCGCGUGCUCCUGGGAUUCAUCCAUUCACGAUUCAGUGCACCUGAACCGCGUCACUUCGCCCAAUGAACGCAUCUACCUGAUCAUUAAAGCCACGGUGCAGCUCAGCCACCCGGCCUCCAUGGAGCUGGUGCUGCGCAAGAGGAUCGCCGUCAACAUCUACAACAAACAGAGCUUCACCCAGAGUCUGAAGAGAAGGAUGUCUCUGAAGAACACGCUUUACUCCUGCGGCGUGUCGUAUGAGAUCGUUUCCAACAUACCAAAGGCCUCAGAGGAGCCGGAGGAAAGGGAAACUUUGGCCCUCAUGGCUGCUCGUGGAGACAGUGAGGAGACUCAGGAUGGAGAAACCUAUAUAGAGAAAUACACACGGGGUGUCCUCGAAGUGGAAAAUAUCCUGAGUUUAGAGAGGCUGCGACAGGCGGUGACGGUGAAGGAGGCGCUGGCUGCCAAGGGAAGACACUUACGGAGGAGUAUCAGCACACCAAAUGUACAGCAAUCUUCAUGCAGUAAAACAGACCUGACAGGAUGUGACGAUGAAGACUGCAAGAAUCACUGUGAUCAGGUUGACAACACGAACUGCAAUCCCCAAGAUGGUUCCCUUUGUAACACACCCAUCAAAAACAAGGAUAAUACAGGUCUGGUUCCUGAGAGUCCCACCUUUUUUGGCUCCAGCCCCUUCAAAGUCCUCUCCCCUCAGCCACCUAAAUUCCUCAAGUCUCUGCUUCCUGUCAAAGAGGAAAACAAAGCAAAGCGAGCGCUGGAGGCUCGGCCACUCCUCGGACAAGAGAGCAUGCACUCAUGUGUGGACGGCCGUGCACUGCUCCCCUCUCCCUGCCCCUGGCAGCGGCCCAGGGCAGGCAGUGAGGGCCACUGCAAGCCCUCCACCUCCACCUCCACCCCCACCUCCACCCCUCCCAGCAGACAGCUCAGCCACACACUGCCAUGCACUGCUCAGGACUCUGAUGACGAGGAGACGGCAGCGGGGAUGACUCUCAGUCUAAACCGGGGCUCUCAAGACCAAAGCGGCUUCCAGGCAUACAUCCCAGAGGACUUUGCAAACUUUGAGAUAUACAACGCCACUCUGGAGAGCCAAGAAGGGCUUCGAUCUGAGCUGAAGGAAGCGAGCCGGUGCGGCAGCGGGAGCGGAGAGAGGGAGGUGUCCCGAAGCCCCACGGCCAGCAGCUGCACCAGCGGCUACUUUUCACACAGUGCCUCCAGCGCCACGCUGUCCGACAUGCCUUUCAGCGCCAGCGAGAGCUCGGACCACCUCAGCUGCCCCGCCAGGGACUCCUACGACCCUCUGGGCUGCGCUGCCGCACGAGGCUGCGCCCAAACCAAAGGUGUUUCUGCAGGGAGCGACACACACCAGCCACCUCUUUCCACAGGUGGGGGACAGGACCCCUUAAGCCAUUCAGCCUCCUCGCCUCUCAGUAUCCCCAACUGCACAGUCAAGCAGCCGUUCAGCUGUGUCCUCAGCACCAGCCAGGAGUUUACGGACUUCAAAGGGGCCGACGACAGCAUUGCAGAGGGGGAUUUGCCACAUUUCACAGAGGGAUGGCAGCAGGAGGUUCCUGCGAAUCAGCAGAAGAAGACAGAAAACACUGACAGUCGGCUCCUCUCUGACAGCCCUGAGGCGUCUAGACCUGAAAAAGCAUCGUGCUCAUGUCCUAAUUCUGAACCCCCGGCUGGUGUAGGAGUGUCCCACCCCAACACAGCAGUAGUUUGCACUUCAGCGAGGGCUCCAAGCUCCGAGAUCCCCCCAUCGGCAGCCCCGAUAAUUCCCUCUGCGUCAGUCUCACAUCCAGCGGUACCACCCUCCGUCACGCCGUCCCCCACCCAGGCCCCGCGAGCAGGAGGGGAACCCCUGGUCCAGGAGCCGGCCCAGGGGGACCUGCCACACGGCAGCCCCUGCCCCAGUCCCAACCCCAGCAGCACCGAGCCCUCCGGGGACUCCAGCGGCGACGAGAGCACGCCCGUGGCCCAGCUUCCCGACUGGAUGGCUCCUGGGGAGCAGGUGUGGGUGGGCAAGAGGAGGGGGACGGUUCACUAUGUGGGAGGCGUGGAGUUUGCAAAGGGGAUCUGGAUUGGAGUGAAGCUGGACAUGGCAGUGGGUAAGCACAACGGGACAGUCCAGGGCAGGGUGUAUUUCCGCUGCCCCCCCGGCCACGGUGUGUUUGUGAAGCCGUCUCGUCUCACCAGAGGACCACCCUCCAUGGACACCGACUCCCAGACGCUGAUCAGAUAGGACCCAAAGACAGGAGCGUUUUCUGGGGAUUAUCAGGGACCCUGCGGAGGUUUUCAGACAUGAUGGACGAGCCGGAGUUCGGCUCCGGCUCGGCUCUGCUCCUCUGAUCGCUCUGACCAGUUGGGACUGAGCUGGUGCGUUCUGUAGAAGUGUGCUUUCCUAAGGCAUAUUUUCCCUGUGCAUUUAAUGAAGGUAUAUCCUGAAUACUGUUUCACUGAAGAAGAAGAAGAAGAAAAAUCACUAUGCACAUAUCCAAGUUUUCUAUAAGGCGAUAUUUUUUUAUAGAGAACUAAACUUUUAACUGGGCAUCCUGAGGGAGUAUUACCCACAUACAUUUUCUUACAUUUGUUCCGAGCAUCAUGAGUAAUAUUUUUGUAAGACAACGCGCAACCCCUCGGCUCAGACUCACAAGCGGAGCCAUCAGGGGUAUGAAGAUUACGAAUGUACUACUGGUAAUAAACAUUGAUAUUUACGUCAAUAUGAUAUGUCAGGGCUAACCAAAGAACUACGGUUCCAUAUCUGCUGUUAGAAGUCAUGCUAUUUUUCUAAUGUACAUAUAUGGAAGUAUAUCACUAUGAGUCCAAGUAAAGCUUAGUGCCAUAUCUCUAGGAGUAUUGCCACAUGCCCUGAAAAUAGGACAAAUCUGCAAAACCUGAGUUGCUUUUAGUGUUUGCAGUUCUGAAUUAUCCUGUUGAUGUACUGUAACACUGUGGAGGAAAUAAUCCCUAUCCAGCAUGAGACUGAUGCUUAUUUGAACGCUUGCACUGGAAAGGAUUCUUGGAGAGUUCGCUGACCGUCUUCCAUAUUGGACUGAUGAAAUAUUUGUUACUUUUAAGAGCUGUGCGUGUCAUCACUUCGGUCUGCUGAUCGAAGCAGCGAUAGGCGUCGGAUAUGCCUUAUUAUUGCCUUGUUCGCAUAAAGAAAGGCACAUAAACCCCAGACUACUCGAUGACGAGUUCACUGAGUCACAAAUGGAGCUGAAACCUGUAUGUAUGUCAUGACGCCUGGCAGUAUUCAGAACGCCACCCUGCCUUGCUGACCGAAUACCUUCUUAACAGAUUGUCUAACUGAAUGAUGUGUAACACUACGUGUUAAAAGGUACUCAGUAAUGACACUUUCUACAUGGAGUAUUGGACGAAUGAGUGAUAAAACAGUAUCAGGUUGGAGACAAAUGGUGCAAAACUUGUUUGAGUAUGGAGAACAAUUGUCUUAUGAUCUUAUAUUUUUAUGGAAGUGGUGAACUGUGGAGCUGACCAGAGAAAAGUUGAAAAUUCAAGCUGUAAUUUUAAGUAAACGAAAGAAACCCAAGACCUUACUUUAAAGAAGAGAACAAAGCUGCUCUCCCUAAUGAGGAGUUGUAAUAGAAAUGUAUUUGAACAUAGUAUUUACACUAUUAUAAUGUACAGAAUUGUAUUUAUAAUGUAUCUUGACCUGUUUUAAUUGGUACAAAAAUGUUCCAGAAUAGAACAUUUACAAUC